AUGUACAACCUGGAUUUCCUAUUACAGCCUCAUCCCUCUGAGCUUAGUUAUACGUAUUCAGAACCUCCGCAGCCUCAGAGAGCGUCAUCGCAAAAUGACGACCAUGAUGCUCCUGCCAACAGCUUUCCUAAAGACGGGGUCUACAACUUCCCUGAUAGUCUUUCGGAAAAUUAUCUGCGUGACUACAGUGAGGCGGUGCCCGCUUCAAGGGAAGAUGCCGGAAAGACAGGGAGCCCUGUAAUCAAUUCCAGUAAGGGCGCUGUUGCGGACUAUAAACCUGCCAUGUGUGACUAUCCCGCGUUAGAAACUUCAGCUUCGCGAGGUAAUAAAAAGCAUCCUUCUGCGGCACUUUCCACCGCCUCUAGCAGAAUCAAUCGAUCUGGCGUAUAUGACACAGCCCAUCCAUACUUUUCUCAGUUGGAUCAGGAUAAUCAGAGCAACUUUGGCUAUGGCCUGGAUGCCCUUCUUAAUGGUGUUGAGUUGGGGUUUGGGCCACAGCCGUCAUACCCAGUGGCAUCACCGAGCUCUCUGCCGGGUGCGGCACACAAAUCGCAAGAUGCCGAUUAUGACCUUGAAGAAGUCCAUAACGAAAAGAUACCGGCGGAGGUGUAUUUCCCACGUUCUGCAGCCCCUGUUUCAGCACUAAGUGGCCUCCACAAGAAAAUUAGUUCUGCUUCUAGCGUUUCUGUAAAUGGGCAAACAAAAUCGAAUGAAACUUUCACCGGAGAAAAAGUUAUAUAUUGCGCAGAAUAUCCUUCAUUGGCGGUGCCGUUAUUAAGGGAGUCCUUGGGUGGAGAAGCGCGAGGAUAUAUGCAGGACGCGGGGUUGUUUCGUAAUCAGUUCUUUGGGGAGAAUGAAAAGAGCGGUAGUGGGUCAAACGUGCCCUCCGCCCCCCUUGAUAGCAGAAAAGUACAUGCAGCAGAACUGGAGGCAUUGAUGACUGUGCCUCCAUCGUCCGGCGCCGCUUCUUCCGUUUCAGCGGUUUCAAAUGGACGUGGCAAAACGGGCCUUGUUUUUUCAGCGAAGGGCAACAGAGCAACGAGGCGAUAUCGUCCAAGUGUUGAAGGCACGCAAGACGCUUUUGAAAAACGAAGGAGUUCGGAUAUGGAGUACCCUGCUUUUGAUGCCCACUCGUUUCGUGAAUCCUUUUAUUGGCCGAAUAGCUCUCACCAGGCUCUACACGCUCUGCCCCCGGCGGUGGAAAGGGGGAAAAAAAACCUAGGCCCACCCGUGGCUCAGAGAAGCCUCUAA